AUGCGUCCCCCCAUUCUCCUGAGAACCUUCUCCAGAGUACUUGGCAAGCAUGAACUACCCAAGAACACAAGUCCGUACCUUGCAGUACCUCGUUGUACCCCCUUAUGCCCUGAAGUAUCCUGUCAUGCCCUGAAGUACUCUCUCAUGCCCUGCAGUACCCUCUCAUGCCCCACAUUACCGUCAUGCCCCACAUUACCGUCAUGCCCCGCAGUACCGUCUCGUACCAUCUCAUACCCUGCAGUACCCUCUCAUGCCCCGCAGUACCCUCUUAUACCCUAUCGUACCCUGCAGUACCGUCAAUCCCUGCAGUACCCCCUCAUGCCCCGCAGUACCCUCUCAUACCCUGCAGUACCCCUCAUGCCCUGCAGUACCCCCUCAUGCCCUGCAGUACCCCCUCAUGCCCCGCAGUACCCCCUCAUGCCCCGCAGUACCCCCUCAUGCCCCGCAGUACCCUCUCAUACCCUGCAGUACCCCUCAUGCCCCGCAGUACCCUCUCAUGCCCUGCAGUACCCUCUCAUACCCUGCAGUACCCCCUCAUGCCCUGCAGUACCCUCUCAUACCCUGCAGUACCCCUCAUGCCCUGCAGUACCCCCUCAUGCCCUGCAGUACCCCCUCAUGCCCUGCAGUACCCCCUCAUGCCCCGCAGUACCCUCUCAUGCCCUGCAGUACCCUCUCAUGCCCUGCAGUACCCCUCAUGCCCUGCAGUACCCCCUCAUGCCCUGCAGUACCGUCAAUCCCUGCAGUACCCCCUCAUGCCCCGCAGUACCCUCUCAUGCCCCGCAGUACCCUCUCAUGCCCCGCAGUACCCUCUCAUGCCCCGCAGUACCCCUCAUGCCCUGCAGUACCCCCUCAUGCCCUGCAGUACCGUCAAUCCCUGCAGUACCCUCUCAUACCCUGCAGUACCCUGCUGAGGUCUGCAGUGGUUUUCAGGACAACAGACACAUUGUGUUGCUGGCGUCAAGGAGUUGACUUGGUCUUUUCAUAGAUCCUCAUCUUUGUUUCACGAUGUUUUAA